UUGCCUGACACAGCCUGUUCCAGCUGUUGAUUCCUGACCUGUAAUGGUGUUCUGCUGUGAUCUGAUGAUAUCAGACAGAUUUGUAUUGGAUUACAUUGGAGCCGAAGUCUUCAAAACACCUUUCAGUGUAUCGAAGUGAGCGGUGAGAUACUGCUUGCUGAAUCUCUGCCUGUGACCUGUGAACUUUACAAAACGUGCACUUAUUUCUGCAUAACGUGGUAUAUUGCAGUGGAUCUGAAAGUGAUAUAGGAAAGAGUUUCUCCUGGGAAGAGAAGCCUCCCUGCAAGGCCAACUCUGAAGAUGUGGACUGCCAUUGUAUUCUUCCCGCUGAUUUCCUUCUGUAUAUGUGAACAUAGGUUUUCUGUCCUGAAAGGGAGAGGAGUCCGUGUAGUGCAAAUAAACAGGCUUACAACUGAAAGGCAGUGCAGGCAGGCUUGUCAAAGCCCAGGUGCUUCAGGUAACCAUCACUGUAAUUGGUCUGUGCCCUACCAGAAUCGCUGCAUCCUCUUGCAGUGUCACCAGCUGAGCGUGUGCCAGAAUGCUGGAGAACAAGACAUCAAAGAUCUGCUUGGAGAAAUUGUUGGUGGGAAAAGGGAAACAGUCCUGUUUCACCAUCAAAGCUAUCCGCAGAAAAAGGAGAGGAUGGUGAAUGCACGGGUUGACCGACACAACGUGGAAAACCUGUUUUCCUCAGCGGCUCAGACUCACAAGAUUCACUUGAGGCAUUUGCUCGGGAUUGACAGGGAAGUUGUAAUAACAAAUGCAAGAAAAACAAUUACAAGCAAUGCUACCACCACCACUGCCACAGCCGUAACAACAAAUGUUACAAAUGCAACUGUCCUCACUACAGCUUAUGAAACAACUGCCAAAACCUCAAACGCCACUGGAGAUUUUGGUCGCCUUGUUGAAGCCAUGUCAACCACUGCCUCUUCUCCCACUUCUAGUAGCAUCCCUGCCGCCACUUCCAGCCAUGUCACCAAGCUUGUGACCACCACUGAAAAAUCAGAAAAUAGUAGCUCUGUCUCAGUAUUGUCCCCCACUUCUACUUUUGUUCCCCUCACUGUCAUUUCUGAAGCAGGUGCUCAAAUGCCUCGAACAGAGCAGUUUAACCCAGCCACCACCACCAGCAUUCCCCGCUCUAGUAGCCCCGCCACUGUUGGAGCUGACCUGAAGAUCAUGAGUACAACAUUGACCACCCUCAUCCCGCAGGAUGCAGAAACAUCUUCCACUCAUGCCAUGGCACUCACCCCCUUGGAGAGUUCAUACUCUGCGAAUCCAGUGCCUGUCGUAUCACUGUAUGUAGAGCCAGAAACAAGUACAGCCACAACAUCCUUGAGUAAAUCAACUCUUCUUCUGGGCUCUACAAGAGGUGCCAUGGUUUUAACUACUGCCUCUACAGCAGAAAUUAUGAGUGGGCAUGGGAUACAGUCAACAUCUCACAUUUUUUCAACAACCACAGCUCCAGCAGAUGCACCCAAAACAACAGCUUCAGGCCUUGAAGAAACUCAGGACACAGACAAUGAGUAUCUUCUCAUUGCUGCUGAGCCCCUGACUCAGUACUUAGUGGAUAAAAGUUCUCUUCUUGCAGUGCUUUUAGUUGGUACGUUUUUCUUCAUAACUGUUAUAGUUCUUUUCCUUAUGCAGGCCUACGAGAGCUACAAGAGGAAGGAUUACACACAAGUGGAUUACCUGAUCAAUGGAAUGUAUGUGGACUCAGAAAUGUGAAAGGGUGGGGAUAAAACAGUGGGCAGAGAGAUGGAAAGGAGAUUGAAAGCCUGCCUGACUUGUUUUUCUUUCCUAUUUGCCUAUAACACAAACUGAAAGUGCUUCCAAAUUUACUUCUGGUGCAAUUGAGGAGAAAUGCCAUGUACUGUAUUAAGAAAAAAAAAUAAUUUUUUAUUCAACCACGCAACGGGUUGCUCUAAAAAAAAAGUAAUAAUUUUUAAAACUUACAUAAUGCACAAUAGCUUUGGCCAUUAUUUUUCAUUGCAAAACAAACCUAACAAGGGGUAAGCCAUCACCCUCACAAAAUGCUGUGGCGCUUUUUCAACUGUUUGCAGUGCAAGUUCCUUGUGUUUCAUUCAUUUCACAUGUGCUUCUCUGAAAACAGAGCAAAGGAUGCUCUCACCUUUUGCGAAGUGCUCUGAAAUCGCCAGAUGAGAAGUGUGGAGUACUGCUGCAACAGGGAACUUUUAAUCCAAUGCGUGUUGUUUCAGUAUACUUCUUGCUUGUAAAGAGGUCUGUUUACAAGGCAUUGUAAACUCUGUUUACUGCUAACCCAAGAUAUCUUUUCACCAUGGAGCAGAUUACUGUGCCCCUGCACUUAAAUUAUCUUAUUUUUGUAUUCACUUAAUAAAUGGGGUCCUGGAAGGGCAUAUCUUGUUGCA